AUGUCCAACUACAAAGACCCCUACCAGAACGGCGGGUCAGAGUACCUGGCGCCCACCAACAUGCCGCCUGGCGCGGCGCCCGCCCAUCACCAGCAGCAGCAGCAGCACGGGUACGACGGCUCGGCGCACCCUGACGCGGGGUACGAGUACAGCGCGCAGUACAACUCGUACACGUCGACCACGCCGAGCAGCUACGAGAAGAACAAUGAGAGCAAGCCCGACCUGGACGGCGUGCACGCGCUCGGCGAGCUCGGGCCAGGCGAGCGUGAGCGCCCCGGUCGUAUGGGCCUCGGACAGCCCACCUCGAGCUUUGCCGCCAUGGGCCCGCCGCCGCGCUCGACGGGCAUCCUCCGCAUGUGGCGCAAGGACGAGCGCGGCAAGCAGUGGACUAGGGGUGGUGGCGUUCGCAGCACUGGCCGUCUCAUCUUCUGCUGCAUCGUCGUCGCAGUGCUCAUCAUUAUCAGCAUUGUGCUGACCAUCCUUCUCUACAUCCGUCCCCCGUCGGUCGUCGUGCAGAACUUCCAGGUCGACACCAACAAGGUGUCGGUCAAGCAGGGCCAGUUCCAGGCCAACAUCACGCUCUUGGUGACGGUCAACAACCCCAACUGGUUCAACGCCGACUUCAAGGAGAUCAACGUCGACAUCCGCUACCCCGGCGUGCCGAACGGCCAGUUCGGCUCUGGUGCAGUCUCCAAGACCAACUUCCGCGGCUACACGCAAUCGACGUUCCCCUUCCCGCUCCAGAUCAACUACUCGCUCGCUCAGGACCCGAACCAGCUCAUUAUCAACGACCUGAACGCAAAGUGUGGCACCACGCAGGGCAGCAUCACGAUCGACUACACGAUCCGCCUGUGGCUCAAGAUCCUAGGCGUCAGCAUCAAACCCAACGUCGGGUCGUCACAGACCAUCACCUGUCCCCUCACAGGCUCCGAUAUCCAGCAGGUCCUCAGCAAGGGCGGUGGUAUCUAA